AUGCAGGCCUCGGUUUCUUCUCUCUCUAUAUCGCUCCCAAACUCCACUUUCAGAUCAAAUAUCCGUUUCUGCGGCCUCCGGCAACAGGCUCUUGGUUUUCAAUCAGUCUCGCAGUCGCAACUAAAUAAAUCUCAGAGAAUCAGAAUUGUUGGGAGAAAGUCGCGUUUACAAAAGCGCUUAGUUUCAGUUUCAGCAUCGGAUUCGGACAAUGGCAGCCCUACGAAAUCGUUCGACUAUGAUCUCUUGAUUAUAGGUGCUGGUGUUGGGGGUCACGGUGCUGCAUUGCAUGCUGUUGAGAAAGGUCUUAAAACAGCUAUUGUUGAGGGAGAUGUAGUGGGUGGAACAUGUGUGAACAGAGGAUGUGUUCCUUCUAAAGCUUUACUUGCAGUAAGCGGUAGGAUGCGUGAACUUCAAGAUGAGCAUCACAUGAAGGCUUUGGGCCUGCAGGUUGCAGCUGCUGGGUAUGACAGGCAGGCGGUUGCUGACCAUGCUAGUAAUCUUGCUUCAAAAAUUCGUAAUAAUUUGACUAAUUCAAUGAAGGCCCUUGGUGUAGACAUUUUGACAGGAUUUGGCACAAUACUGGGUCCUCAAAAGGUCAAGUAUGGAAAAGUUGGCUUUCCUGACAAUGUGAUUACUGCAAAAGAUAUAAUUAUAGCUACUGGAUCUGUUCCUUUUGUCCCCAAAGGAAUUGAGGUUGAUGGGAAGACAGUAAUUACAAGUGAUCAUGCUCUCAAAUUGGAAGUUGUUCCUGAUUGGGUUGCCAUAGUUGGAAGUGGUUAUAUUGGGCUUGAAUUCAGUGAUGUAUAUACAGCACUUGGUAGUGAGGUUACAUUUAUUGAAGCUCUAGAUCAGCUAAUGCCUGGAUUCGAUCCUGAGAUUGGAAAGUUAGCUCAGAGAGUGCUGAUAAACCCACGAAAGAUUGACUACCACACAGGAGUAUUUGCAACCAAGAUAACUCCUGCUAAGGAUGGGACACCAGUGAUUAUUGAGCUUACUGAUGCCAAGACAAAAGAACCUAAAGGUACUUUGGAGGUAGAUGUAGCAUUAAUUGCAACUGGAAGGGCUCCAUUUACAAAAGGUCUUGGACUGGAGAAUAUCAAUGUGGAAACUCAACGUGGUUUUGUUCCAGUUGAUGAGCGCAUGAGAGUAAUUGAUGCAAACCGAAAUCUGGUUCCUCACUUAUAUUGCAUUGGAGAUGCAAAUGGUAAAAUGAUGCUUGCCCAUGCAGCAAGUGCUCAAGGAAUCUCUGUUGUUGAACAAGUUUCUGGAAGGGAUCACGUGCUCAACCAUUUGAGCAUUCCAGCAGCUUGUUUCACUCACCCUGAAAUCAGUAUGGUUGGGUUGACUGAGCCGCAAGCAAAGGAGAAAGCUGAAAAGGAAGGAUUUGAGAUGAGUAUCGCCAAAACGAGUUUUAAAGCCAAUACAAAAGCCCUAGCAGAAAAUGAAGGGGAAGGACUUGCUAAGUUAAUAUACAGACCUGACAACGGAGAAAUCCUUGGAGUACACAUUUUUGGAAUGCAUGCUGCAGACCUGAUUCAUGAAGCAUCUAAUGCCAUAGCAUUAGGGACGCGAAUUCAGGACAUCAAAUUUGCUGUCCAUGCGCAUCCAACUUUGUCUGAAGUUCUCGACGAACUUUUUAAAUCGGCUAAAGUAAAUGCUAGUGUUACAAAACCAGUUAGCGAACCAGUUGCAGUGUAA